CAAUGACAUGUUGAAAAGAAUCACCCAAAAUCGUGUUACUAGGCAACCUGCAAACGACGGGGCCUAUAUACAAAGUGUAACGCACUGUAUCUAUUAUAAAUCACAUGUUUUGUAUGUGUAUCUUAUUGUCAGGGGAAUAAAGUCAUAAAUCACUGAAGACAAUGGCGAUGGCUGACGGCAAGCAGAUUAGCAUGGCGGCCAGUGCCAUAGCUCUUCGUGGGGUCCGCCUGUUCCUGUCAGCUGGUCGGCACGCAGCCGACCGUCCACAGAACCAGGCGGCAGCACCAGCUCCGAGACCCAAGCCCAAAGGAAAGAAGCCUGUAGUUAGCGGGAAACCACCGCAGAAAGUCUUCGAAAUGCUCAUCAAGACCACCAGGUUUUCCAAAGCUGAGAUAGAAGCUCUGUAUACGAUGUACCGCCGGCUAGUGAUAGCUGCUCAGGCGGCGGCCCCAGCCUCCGCUAUUGGACAUCCACCGAAGAUAGACGGAAUAGAUCAGAGCACCUUCCGUGAUGUGAUGCACAAUACCUUCGACCUGGUCACUGAAGAAGCCAUCCUGGAGCGUAUGUGGAUGACCUGGGAGAGAGGUGCGGCUGGAGGAGAGGGAUCCUUGAGAUUUGAGUCCUGGGUCAAGGGGCUCAGCGUGUUACUCAAAGGAAACAUGGAGGAACGAAUAGGAUACUGCUUUAAAGUCUACGAUUUAAAUAAUGAUGGGUUUAUCACGAGGGAAGAAAUGUUUUUGUUGUUAAGGAACUCAUUACUGAAGCAGCCUGGCGAUGAGGACCCUGAUGAAGGAGUACGAGAGCUAGUGGAACUAGUACUCAAGAAACUAGACGUAGAUAAAGAUGGAACGGUCUCUUUGGAUGAUUACAGAGAAGCGGUAGAGCAGGAGCCUCUGCUUCUAGAAGCAUUUGGCCAAUGUCUGCCCACGAAGAGACACACGACUACAUUCCUCAAAACUCUUACUAAUAAGACGUAGAAUUAUAAUGGGAAACAAGUACUUUCUACGGUAUAUUGAUUUGAAAUAUCGCGUGACGUCACUUUUGUGUAUGUUUUAUACUCAAAAGUGACGUAGUUAGCUCCCACUCCUAAACUUUAAUACGUUUUAUUUAUGUAUUAUUUAUUAUAUAACAGUACUUAAAUAAAAAUGUACAUAUCUAAUAAUCAUUAACUAACUGUCAGACUAAAUAGACUUUUAAUUUUCAUACCCUAUCAUCAUCCCUAUUGUAGAUAAGAUUACUUUUUUUAAUAAUUAUAUUAUACCAAUCAUUAUCAGGAUAAAUAAUAGAUGCCUACCGAGUCAUAUCAAAAUGUUAUAUUGUUAGUCUUGUACCAUAUUUUUAUAAGAUUUUCUAGUCAUUAAACGUUUUCCAUCGUAA